AUGAUAAAUUCAGUGGUAUCGUUCGUCCGAAUCUUAGCUCUAAAUCUCCUUUUAUUAAAAACAGUGUUAAGCAAUCCAUACACUUCCGGAAGUUUGUUGCUCCAGGCAGAGAGACGAAGUCUUCAUGGCCAACCGAUGCGAGCAGCGGCGUUCCAUUUCCCACCUUGUCUUUCUGCCAUAGAAACAACGCCAGGAAACUAUUCCUACUAUGGAAUUUGCAAUGAUAUUAUUAAUUGGUUAUCCGAACAGUUUCGAAUGAAAUUGGUUUACGUGCCCGCAAAUGACUCGGAUGUAGUCAAAUUAGGAAUAGUUCCUGUGCUCGUCCAACAACUAAUGAAGAAGGAAAUUGACGUUGCGCCAUUCCCGUUUGUCAUCACACCGUUACUGUUGCAGCUAAUUGAUUUUUCUAUUCCCCUUACAGUAGAAGAUUAUCAUCUGCUACAACCGUGGCCGAAGGAGGAGAGUCGCCUUACAGCUUGCAUAAGACCAUUUUCAACGACUGUUUGGUUUUUAUUCCUCAUUUCGACCGGCACAGUAAUUGUUUUUAUGGCUGUAUUGACACAUUUUCGUCAUCAGCAACUUUCUAAAAUGACUAGUUUCAUGAACGCAGUUAGCGAUCAUACAAUUUUCGUGAUGACAAUCAUUACGGGACAAGGUAACUACGCUUCCCCAAAAACAGGAUUUCCCUUCCGUUUCAUGUUGGGUUUGUGGUGUUUGACAAUGGUGGUCCUGGUAAAUGCUUACACAGGAACUUUGAUGUCCUACCUGACGGUGCCCAAAUUGAAACCAAUUGUGAACACCCUUGCCGAAUUAGCAGACAGGCAUGAUACACAAAUGACGGUGAAUUUUGAACUGGGCAAGGCUCGUAUGUUUUUGGAGGCCACUUCUGGACCAAAUAAAAUCAUUGGCGAUUCCCUUCGUAAAAAUCCACAAUUCCUUGCCAAAGGAAACGCCCAAGAGGCACUGAAGAAUGUUUUAGAACGAGGAGCUACUUAUUUUACGAAUCGCUCACAAGUAAAAUUUUUCAUGGCCAUGGACAUGAAAAGCCAUCCCAAAUGUCGGAUGACUUCAUCAGAUCCGGUUCCGUUUAUCGAAUACUACUCUAGUGGCUUCCCCAAAAAUGGAAGGAAAAACAGGAUCAUCAAUCACGAUUUGCAAUAUUUGAAAGAAAGUGGUCUGCUUCUCAACUGGCUAAAGAAGUAUACACCCAACGUCGAUAAAUGUAUGUUGGGCAAGACAAAACCAAGAGGUCGGGUGACUUCUCUGACACCUCUAGACCUUUCAAGUGCUUUUGCACUUCUCGCUAUUGGAGUUGGAUUAUCUCUCUUUACCUUUCUGCUUGAAAUAUUUGCAUCCUUCAGACUAACACAAAAGAUACGUCACGUAGAUGAAGUAGGAAAAAACAGUAAUGCAAAAAAACCACGUGUUGAUUCGUAAUUCUUAGUCUAAAUGAACUUUACAAGUAUUAUUCUUUGUAGAAGUAACCAUGAGCAAACUGUUCAUUUUAAGUGUAGCUUAGGUUUUAAACUAUUUGAAAAACACAUGGAGGCUUUGGAUGAUGCAUGUGACAGUAUGGCCCUUGCCCAUAUAUGCUGAAUACCUUGUCCUGUCCAGAGUGUUCUACUGUUGGACCUUACUUAUUUUGAUACAUUUUAUAUUCUAGUAACAAAUAUAGGCUUCAACACAACAGAGAUUUCCAUUUAAACUGAUUGAAUGCCCAACAUUAUUCAAGUUAAAUAAGACUUAACAACACACAAAUUAUGCUGACUGUUUUUAUAGGCAAAAGUGCUUACUUUUGGGGAGAUAAGUGGAGAACCCUCUUCAGCUUUCCGUAGGAGCGAAGCAAUCAGCCCAAAGUGAAUUAAACAAACGUUCGUGUCACCGUUGUUUUCUAUGAAAACACACUGUGAGAGUCGACUUCCGAUGAGUCAACCUGGUAAGGUUAGUUUGUGUGAUAAAAUAAGCUCAAGAAUAUGGAAACAUGUGCACUUCUUCAACCGAAGGUCGCGCAAGAGCAUACUGUCACGAAAUAACAAAACGGGUAUAAAUGCUGGACGGUUUCGUUCUAUUUUAACCAGACAUCCGUCAAAUAGUACACGACUCUGUACAUCUUUCACACUGUCUAACAACGUUGCCAAUAAACAAGUUCAAGUUA